GCACUUUCCUCUGAUUGGAUGGCCGACGUCACGUUCCCUCCGAUGGUCGUGUUUACAUCCAGAACUGGGGGAACUGAAGAAACGCAAUAUUUACCCGGAUACAUCGAUACGGGAAAUCUAUGAAACGUCUUGAUAUCAACUCUCUUGGCCAACAUUUAAACUUGUUUUCGGGCGAGCUGCUAAACUGCGCCACGUUUGGCUCGCUCGCAGAGGGAGGAGGAUGGGUGGGGUGGUGAGUGCGGGGGAGGACAAUGAUGAGCUCAUUGACAACCUGAAGGAGGCGCAGUACAUCCGCUCGGAGGCUGUGGAGCAGGCCUUCCGCGCCGUGGACCGCGCCGACUACUACCUGGGCGAGUUCCGGGACAGCGCCUACAAGGACCUGGCCUGGAGGCACGGCAACAUCCACCUGUCAGCGCCCUGCAUCUACUCGGAGGUGAUGGAGGCGCUGGAGCUCAGGCCCGGCCUCUCCUUCCUCAACCUGGGCAGCGGCACGGGGUAUCUCAGCACCAUGGUGGGCCUGAUCCUGGGGCCGUUCGGGGUAAACCACGGAGUGGAGCUGCACCCCGAUGUGAUCGAGUACGCGUACGAGAAGCUGGACUUCUUCAUCAAGAACAGCAAGAGCUUCGACAGCUUCGAGCUGUGCGAGCCCUGCUUCGUGGCGGGGAACUGCCUGGAGAUCGCCCCGGAGACGCAGCAGUACGACCGGGUGUACUGCGGCGCCGGUGUGCAGCGCGACCACGAGGACUACAUGAGGAGGCUACUGCGCGUGGGCGGCAUCCUGGUGCUGCCACUGGAGGACAAGUUGACGAAGAUCCGCAGGACGGGGUACAACAGCUGGGAGACCAAGAAGAUCAUCGCUGUGUCCUUCGCUCCUCUGGUGCUGCCCAAGCACCCAGAGAACAGCAGCCCAGAGCCAGUACCCCUACCCUCCAUGUUCGAGGUGCGGGCGCUCCAGGACCUGGCCCGCAUCUCCAUCCGCCACGUCCUGACGGAGGCCCCGCCGCCCCGAGUCCUGCCCAAGAGGAGGCUCCUGUCGGGGGGGCCGGCGGCGGCGCUGCGGCCGCGGAUCCUCCCCCAGCAGCAGCAGCUGGCCCGCGCCGUGUUGGCCAACCGCUACACCUUCGUCAGCCGCCUGCUCCCCGAGCCCCUGGACCGGGGCCCGGCCUACAGCGCCAGGGAGGCCUGGGAGGAGGACGAGGAGAGGGAGGACGACGAGGAGGACGACGAGGGGCGGGAGACGGACUGCCGGGCGUCGGAGCGGUUGAGCCGCGUGGAGGAGGAGGAGCAGCAGGAGGAGGAGGAGGAGCAGCAGCGGCGGGAGGCCGGGGCGCUCCUGCAAGAGUCCCCCGUGAACCGGCUCAGGGAGCAGAUACUGGGGCUGCCACUGCCCGAGCCCCUGAAGAUGUACCUCCUGCACUACCGGGAACAGUAAGGGGGCGGGGCCAGGUGGGGGCGGGGCGGGGGGGAGGUCCUCGCUCUUAAAGCGUGAACAUUGGGAGCUUUCAGCGAAAGCGCCGGAUGCUACGUUGGGCGUUCCGAUUAUUAUGUAGCUCAGAAAAAAAAAACUCUGAGACGCCGACAAUUCGUUUUUCCCUCCAUGUUUAGAUGGAAAUCCUGAGCGGUCCGCUACGCCCAGGGUAGCAUUUAGCUAGGUUGGGUUACAGCGCUCAACUCCGUAGGAAAACUUUGCUACGCUGGCAUCUCCAAGGCUGAAACCUCAUCUAGUGUUCACUGCUUAAAGCCCUAUUUUCUAUUAUGGGGAGUCAAAUAAGAGAUGUCCAUCAGUCUAUCGAUGUACAGAUACCUCCUCCACAACCGGGAACAGUGAAGUUAUACUUCUGCGUCGAAUAGCUGCCGUAGGCUCUCUAUGCCGGUGUUUUCAUUAAUGGUUCUUGGUUGUUGAUUCUGAGUGCUGAGAGUCACAGAUUCAGUGGCAUCUGGUGAUCUUUAUGUAUUUACAGAUUAACAUAUAUGGGAACCUAGAACCGAUUACUCGUUCAUAAAUGAACUGGAAAACAACAAAGUUAUGAUUGACGCAGAGGUAUAAUGUACAACAAAGUUGAAGUACCAUUGAACACGAUUCUCAGUCACAUAGAUGUAGCUUAUCCACUACUGGGAACAGUUAGGGCCAAAAAGAUAGUUGAUAAAAGUUCUCCCUAAUUCCCUCUCUUGGAUUAAUAAAGUACAUCUUAUCUUAUCUGAAACAAGCUCAAACCGCCCCCUAUGUUAGUGUGGGUCUUAUAGAACCAGUUCUGCAAGGUUUAGUUUUUGGCAUGGAUUUCACCGACCCACUUUUUCAAGGUGGAGGAAACAUGAUCAGAAUGAAUGGCAGAAACCAUCUUUCUAAAUUUGCCUUAGCCCCGCCCCCUGAAAUGUCUGAUUGGCGCUCAAACAGAUAUGGUUUUGUAGUAGCCAAUGUCAGGGAAUGGAACUAACACUACCAGCCAAUCACCAGCCAGUGGCUCAUUAAUAUGAAUUAAAGCAUCCAAAUUGCUCCAAGUGGAGAGGGAGUUCCCUCCAACAAUUUCAGGUAUAAAACUGUAACAGAAGUUAUUUCUUAGGUAGUCAUUGUGUAAGAAUCAUUUCAUAAUUACACACAAUACGAAUGAUGGUUGUUCUAUUGACGCACAAUCACUUCUGGUUUUAUGGAACACUCAGCUAUAUAUACAAAUAUUGGACAAACAUGGAUAGUAAGACUCAAGUCUCCUUGGAAAAAAAAUGGAUUGAAAGUGACUUAUCAAAGAAUUGUGUCCAUAAUCGUAUCAGUCCAUCUUGUGUGGCUUGUUCAGCCCUGCGGGGAAUCGCUUUACGGUUGCUUUAUCAUAAACCUCGACAAAGAUGUUGGGGAAUGUGUGGCUUAUUUAUUCAUCGUUGUUAUAAUUUAUAGUGUUCGACAAGCUCACGAAUUUGCCUUGAGUUUACCGUUCAAAUGUGUCGCGUAUUGGAAAAAAUUGUCACAGCUACGUCCUUAUUCCAGAGUUCCCCGUCCUGAGACUACUUCUUUAGCUCCCCUGUUUCUCGCUCUAAUCAUGGCUGUCCCAGCUCCCUUCAUUCAGCCCUCAGUUACACCUCAACAUUCCCCUGACGGCAAGCUCUUAGAGGAAAACCAAACCCUAGAACUACUUGUUCAGGAUGAAAAGGAAUCAGUAGUAAUGAUACAGAGUUCACAAUGUCGACUUUAAUGCACAAAGUAAAAGCAAACAGUGGAUAAGUUGUAAAUAUGGACUCAAUUGCCCGCCAUAGGUUAAACGCAUGCCAUUGCAUGAGUUAACCUUGAUUGCUCGUUUUGGGGGACCAGCUGCCGUCCAUACAUUUUUGGUUGAUAUGGUAACGUCUAAUUUGAUGUUGAGGGACUGGCAGAGGUCUACGCGAAGGAGUUUUAUAAGGGUUGAUCGUUGGCGAUACCUCAAAUUGGUAAUUUGGUUUUCCUUUAAAUCCUAGUGCCAUCCAUCUGGUCUGUAAAUAAACCAUUUCCCUGCACACAUAGUGUACCCUGCCUAUUGAGAAUGCCUUUACACAAAUGUGUACACAAAUAAAAUAAUGUGACAUAAAGAAACCAUAAAAUAAAGGAGCUCUUACUGGAUUUUACAAAUUGUGCAUGUUUUUAUUUACCUCUUUCUACUCCAAUGUUUGAUAGCCGUGUAUAUCCCCAAAUCUUUAUCAGUUGUUAUAAAUGUAUGUGGGCAAUUUGAAAUGACAGUCUGUCCACAGUACGCAUCUGCCAGGACAACAGAAUUAUAAAUUUCAAAGAUAAGACUGUAUAGUAUGUAUGUUGAGACCAACCUGUAUGUUCAGGUUGGUCUCAAUUCGAUUCAAGAACAGUUCUGAGCAGUACAGCAGAAGACCCAAGUGGUUUGGUUUUCUGUCAUAAAAUAAUAAAAAUCUUGUUCGGUGUAAUCCUUGUGUAGGAGGUUCAUUGAACACCAGUUCUGCUUAAUGAUAGAAACACAUUUGUGGUCGAGUCAUUCGUUGUAUUUUAGAAAGACUGCGGUGUUAAAUGUUUGCCUCAAUAAAGGUUUUCAACUUCUAAGCAGCA